AUGGUUGGGGAGAUGUCUGGUCUCCACAGCUUAUCCAUCCAGGUGGUGGGCUUUCAACAUCAGCACCUUUCACGGCUGUCUCAUCCCCCACAUUCCAGAAAAGUCAAUCUCAGGAUUUGUGCUAGCCAGAGUCCGGGCCUCUUUGCCACAGUAUCUGGCUCCAACAGUGUUGACGCAAGCAUCCACAUGGGUGGUAAUGAAGGAGGAGCACGUGGGCUGGACCGAUGGAGCCUCUUUGGUAUGCGAUCCGGCGUGCAGAAGUCCCCCACAGACCCCGGGUCUGACCCCAGCACAUCUGGGGGGUUCAGUCUGCAUUCUUAUUUAGGGGUUCAAAAGUCAACUACCCUGGAUGGCAUCAAGACACAAAUAAACCUUGUGGUUGAAGAUCCAGCCAACUUCAAGUCUUCUGAAGGGGAGGUAACAAGUGUGGAGGGCAAAAAAUCAGCUCCCCAGAGACUGAAACAUCGAGACAUGAACAUUCUCACCCCUUCUGGCUUCUGACAUCUACGGUCCUGCUCUCCCCCUCUCCUCAGGUCACCUGCUCCACACACUCUCACUGGAAUGUCUACUAAUUCAGCUCUUCAUAAGGAAUACGUAGGGUUUUAGUAAACGCAUAUAACGGAAACCUACAUUUAAAUAUACUUUAUUUCCAAGUACAUAAUCGUCUUUGCACAUGUGCACAUACACACUCGCAGGCAUAUUCUCAGCAUGGUGAACCAUGCUCCUGUGAUGCAUUUGAGUAGACUGUGUUGGUUUCCAGACUUUUUUGUGUAGGUUUAAGAAAUUGAUACCAGACUUGUAACAAUUUGAUUUUUUGUUUGUUUUUUGUUGUUACACAAGAUUCAAGCUUAAAGUUAGACUUUUUUCUCAGUGCUUCGUUUUUGAAGUGAACUUUGUUUACUGUUGUGGUUUUAAAUAAAGUGGAAAAAGUGACAUUUGUUAUGUAACGACUAAAGAUUAUAAAAUAAGACUGACAGAUUGAUCUAAUUCUCAAGCUUCUUAUGACCCAUAUUAAUUUGAAAUGCAUUAAACAUUUGCAAAUUCCCAAUGUGAUCAAAACUUUGUUGGCCCCCUAAAGAUGCACAACUUUGCACAGGGUAUUUUAGGGUAUGUUGCUCAAUAAACAUGCUUCAACAAGAAUCUUUCAAUAAUGAGGCAUAGUUAACUAUUUCACUGUAUGUACUACCUGUAUGGAGGUAUUCAAAUGAAGAUUACAAGGAGAUCUGGAUAUAUUAUUUUUAACUUUUGUUCUUUUUCAUUUUCAUAAAAAAUGACUUGCCAUUCAAAGCAAUUUACCAGCUGAAUCGUUUAAUACUGUUCUUGCAUGCACAUCUGUCUGUGUGUAUCUGUGAGGGCCCCACUGAAUUACUCAAGACACUUAUGCCUUAUAACUAGGCCAGGCCUCCCUUAAACUGUUUUGUGUGGACAUACUGCUGGAACAGGUUUAUGCAAUUCAAGUACUUGAGAACUCUAAAUUACAGUAAAGCUAAAUUAAUUUAUUACCUUAAUAUUUGACCAGGAUAUUUUCAAGAAUGAAAUUGAGACAUUUGUCACACAGUUCCCCUGUCAAUAAGCAAUAACGAUGUCCAGUAUGUAUUUACAUGCAUAAAGCACAACAUUGCUGUCACUAUAUAUUUUUUCCAAUAUUUUUUUACGCCAAACCCCUUUUAUAACCAUUUGUAUUUUUCAUGUUCCAUACACAAUUUUAUAAAAUAUUAAUUGAUUAAACUGUUGAUUAAAUUGGUUUUACAAAUUGGUUGCAAAUCUUUUAUAAUCCCUGUAUAAAUUCUGCCAGUUUCUCCAGUACACAUUUUUGUAGUGAUUUAUUUUUAUUUAUUAAUUUUUUACACUAAUUUUAAUUAUUUUUCAUUGUCCAUAACUUAAACAAAGUAGCUCUUGCAUUCUAGUUCAUACAUUGUCAUUCUGUAUAAAAGUAAUUUGUCUGCUGUGCAGCUGUUCGAGUUUGAUGCUUAAAAUAAAAUUUGCAGACAAAAUGACAAUA